CUGACUUCUCCCUAGUCUUGGCUCCUCCCCACUGUGGCAGUCGCGGGGCAUGCUGGGAAGCUCAUGUACGCGGUCUCAACUCUUCGAAAAGUCUCUGGUGAUUUCUUGGACCUUUGCCUAGGCGCACACAGAGGAAGUCUCCCCCCUCUGGGCUGCCACCCCCUGAAGGACCUUAGGGUGGCCCCGCAGAGAGCCGGCAGCCAGAGGAAUGGCCCCCCGGGACCGGGGGCUCCCCUCCCAGGGGUCAAUAACAUUCAAGGAUGUGGCUGUGGACUUCACCCAGGAAGAGUGGUGUCUAUUGGACCAUCCUCAGAAAGAGCUGUACCUGGAGGUCAUGCUGGAGAAUGUACAAAAUCUACUCUCUGUGGGGCUUCCAGUAACUAGAGAACAUUUAAUCUCCUGUUUUCAGCAAGGGAAAGCACCAUGGCUGCUAGAGCAAAAGGGCCCAAGGAGCUCUUCUCCCGCGGUAAAUUUUGAAGCGAAGGUGAUGUGUACAAAACUGAGCCCUUUUGUGGACGGAUCUGGCCCCCAAAGAUGCACGAAUGAGGAUCCGCAUGACUUCAUUUGGAGAGAAAUCUGUGAUUCUACUAUCAAAGUAAAUAAAAAUCCAAAGAGUGACUGUGAAAUUGAUGAAACUGCAGAGAAAUUCAGCCAAUAUUCAGUCCUAACUCAGUACACAAAAUUGACCUCAGGAAAUGACUGUUGUCAGGAUGGCAAAUAUAGGAAAUGCUUUCCUGAAGAAGUACGAUUUGUUCAGUCACCUAACAAACCUGAAAUGCCCAUGUAUCAAGGUAAGGUAGGAGGAAUGGCCUUUGGGUGGAGUUUAGACUUCAUUAGACAUCCAAAAAGUAAACCUAUCAAUAUGGUUUCUGUGAAUAAUAAAGGCGGGGGACCUUUAAGUCAGGAAUCUAAGCUUGUUGCACAUCACAGAAUCCAUACUAGAGAGAAACCUUAUGAAUGUAAACAGUAUAGAAAAGAUUUUACAGAGAGGGGAUCUUUUGUUAAGCAUCAGAUCAUCCACAUGGGAGAGAAACCUUAUAAAUGUCAACACUGUGGAAAGGCUUUCGCACAGAGGGACUCUCUUGUUAAACAUGAGAGAAUCCACACUGGAGAGAAACCUUAUGAAUGUCAACACUGUGGAAAGGCUUUUAGACAGAGAGGCCAUCUUACUGCACAUCAGAGAAUCCACAGUGGAGAGAAACCUUAUAAAUGUGAAUACUGUGGGAAGCAUUUCAGACAGAGGGGAAGACUUGUUGCACAUCAGAGCAUCCACACUAGUGGGAAGCCUUAUGAAUGUAAACAAUGUGGAAAGGCUUUUAUAGAGAAGGGAUCUCUUGCUAAGCAUCAGAGAAUUCACACUGGAGAGAAACCUUAUGAAUGUCAACACUGUGGAAAGGCUUUCAGAGAGAGGGGCAAUCUUAAUGAUCAUCAGCGCAUCCACACUGGAGAGAAACCUUAUGAAUGUCAACACUGUGGAAAGGCUUUCAGACAGAGGCAAAAUCUUACUGCACAUCAGAGAAUCCACAGUGGAGAGAAACCUCAUGAAUGUCAACAAUGUGGAAAGGCUUUUACAGAGAAGGGAUCUCUUACUGCGCAUCAGAGAAUUCACACUGGAGAGAAACCUUAUGAAUGUCAACACUGUGGAAAGGCUUUCACAGAGAGGGGCAGUCUUUAUGCUCAUCAGCGCAUCCACACUGGAGAGAAACCUUAUGAAUGUCAACACUGUGGAAAGGCUUUUGCACAGAGGGACUCUCUUGUUACACAUGAAAGAAUCCACACUGGAGAGAAACCUUAUGAAUGUCAACACUGUGGAAAGGCUUUCGCAUACAGGGACUCUCUUGUUAAACAUGAGAGAAUCCACACUGGAGAGAAACCUUAUGAAUGUCAACACUGUGGAAAGGCUUUUGGACAGAGAGGCAAUCUUACUGCACAUCAGAGAAUCCACAGUGGAGAGAAACCUUAUAAAUGUGAAUACUGUGGGGAGCAUUUCAGACAGAGGGGAAGACUUGUUGCACAUCAGAGCAUCCACACUAGUGGGAAACCUUAUGAAUGUAAACAAUGUGGAAAAGCUUUUAUAGAGAAGGGAUCUCUUGCUAAGCAUCAGAGUAUCCACACUGGAGAGAAACCUUAUGAAUGUCAACACUGUGGAAAGACUUUCAGACAGAGACACAAUCUUACUGCACAUCAGAGAAUCCACAGUGGAGAGAAACCUCAUGAAUGUCAACAAUGUGGGAAGGCUUUUACAGAAAAGGGAUCUCUUACUGCUCAUCAGAGAGUUCACACUGGAGAGAAACCUUAUGAAUGUCAACACUGUGGAAAGGCUUUCGCACACAGGGACUCUCUUGUUAAACAUGAGAGAAUCCACAGUGGAGAGAAACCUUAUAAAUGUGAAUACUGUGGAAAACAUUUCAGAUGGAGGGGAAGACUUGUUGCACAUCAGAGCAUCCACACUAGUGGGAAACCUUAUGAAUGUAAACAAUGUGGAAAGGCUUUUAUAGAGAAGGGAUCUCUUGCUAAGCAUCAGAGUAUCCACACUGGAGAGAAACCUUAUGAAUGUCAACACUGUGGAAAGACUUUCAGACAGAGACACAAUCUUACUGCACAUCAGAGAAUCCACACUGGAGAGAAACCUCAUGAAUGUCAACAAUGUGGAAAGGCUUUCACAGAGAGGGGCAAUCUUUAUGCUCAUCAGAGAGUUCACACUGGAGAGAAACCUUAUGAAUGUCAACACUGUGGAAAGGCUUUCGCACACAGGAACUCUCUUGUUAAACAUGAGAGAAUCCACACUGGAGAGAAACCUUAUGAAUGUCAACACUGUGGAAAGGCUUUCAGACAGAGGCAAAAUCUUACUGCACAUCAGAGAAUCCACAGUGGAGAGAAACCUUAUGAAUGUCAACAAUGUGGAAAGGCUUUUACAAAGAAGGGAUCUCUUGCUAAGCAUCAGAGCAACCACACUGGAGCGGAACCUUAUGAAUGUCAACACUGGAAAGGCUUUCAGACAGAGGCACAAUCUUAUUGCACAUCAGAGAAUCCACAGUGGAGCAAAAGCUCAUGAAUGUCAACAAUGUGGCAAGGCUUUCACACAGAGGGGCUCUCUUGUUAAACAUGAGAGAAUCUACACUUGAGAGAAAUCUUAUGACUGUAAACAAUGUGGAAAGACUUGCACAGAGGGCCUGCCUUGCAACACAUUAGAGAAUCCACACUGUAGAGAAACCUUAUGAAUGUAAACAAUGUGGAAAGGCAUUUACAUGUAGGGGCUAUGUUGCUAUACAUCAGAGAAUCCACAAAGGAGAGAAUCCUUAUGAAUGUCAACACUAUGGAAAGGCUUUCUCACAGAGGUGCAACCUUUUGGACUUCAGAGUAUCCACACUGGAGAGAAACCUUAUGAAUGUAAACACUGGAAAGACUUUCACAUGGAAGAGCUCUGUUACAGACAAAAGAGUGGUUGGCAUUAACUGUGACCAGGGAAAUAUGGUUUUAAAUAAAAAUAUUCCCAAAUAUUAAAUGUA